ACGUAGAACAAUCCAACCUUAUUCGCUGCCCAACCGAAUAUAUCCAUUAAUGAAAUUACCCUCAAGAUACGUCGUCACUUUUGCUGUGUCAAUCGAUAACGCCCAGCUGCACGAAAAAGUUUGUGGCCAUAAUAAUCGAAGAGUUGUUUACAAAGUUGAGUUUCAGAGAGAUAGCACUGAGUGCAAGGGCCAGCGCCAUUUUGGCAUUUCUUAUACCAUUUUUUGCUCGCUAAAGUAUCGCAUUUUCGUUUCUUUGAAGAGACGUCUGGCUCUUUAUCUGCUCAUCCUGAACCAGUAGCUCUAACAGCGGGUUCGUCCAAUGACUGACAGGAUUUUCGGACAGUGAUCAUUCAAAUUUCAUUCUCAGUUUUCGACACACCCAGAACAUCACAAAUCAGUCUUGCCAAUGAGAAUUCACUUCAUUUUUUUUAUUAUAACUUUGGUAACUUUUGUAUCCAAGACUAACUCUGUUGGUGGCCUCGCUGGCGAUAGACCGAGUAUACUUGUUAUUCCCAACUCAAAAACCGAAUUUGAGCCGCCAACGGAAGCUGAAGAGGCCAAGACUACGAUAUCCACCUCACCACAAGAAGCUAAAAAGGUCAAGACUAGUUUUUUUAUCAAGGCUGUUUUAAUCAGAUUAGUUAAGUGCUUCAAGGCUUAAACAUCGAUUUUAGGAUCGGAAGUCGCCGGUGGUCGCAGCUGAAAUGCGCCAUAUACUUCGUAAUACAUCGAGUAUUCAAAUAUCCUUCUUCGCUUUCAUAAACGACAAGAUCAAUCGUAGCUACACGUCUAGGCGUCCCAUAUGACAAUUACCCCCCAAACUACCGAUCUCUCGCACUCUUUUGACUCUAUUUUCGCUUUGAUCAUCAACUUAAAUAUAGUUACAAUUUACUACUCUUUCCAAC